GUCAAGUCAAUCACGCACACUACGAAACGAAACAAGCUCGGGGUAUUGUCAUUCACAUCUGUUUUCAUAAAUUGUUGUUAUAGUUUGUAUAUAAACGUAAUUUAUUCUCAAUUUAUUUAUUGAUGAGUGUUAGAUUUAAUUUAAAACGGUUGUUUGAGUGAUUGUGUUAUCAAGUAAUGUUUGUUUGGGUCCUUAUUUAUUUUUUUUACUUGUGACGUCAUUGUUUUCAACUGCCAGUAUAAACGACGCAAUAACUUAAAAUUUCGAAAAUGGACUUAAAAUGAGGAUUGUUUUCGUAAACAAGGUCAGGCCACGCAAUGUCGGCGGAGUCCCCGCGGCACGCGCGGGCGGGUGGGCCGCUCACGGUGCCCGCUCAGCCGCCCAGCGACCGCGGCCUCAUCGAUGCGGUGUCGGGCUUCAUCAACGACGUCACGCUGUCCUCCUCCUCCACAGCGGACCCUAAGGACGUCAUACAGUGGGCUCGGUUCGAGACAGCAGACAUAAACGAGCCGACGCCUGAAGGCGACUGCGACGCUGACAUCUCCCCCCUGCUGCUGAUCCUGGGCUACGGCUCCGGAGUCCAGGUCUGGCUGAUCCCCCCUAGCGGGGAAGCGCAGGAGGUUCUGUCAUGGCGUCAAGGCACAGUGAGGGUGCUCCGUAUACUGCCGACCCCGCAGCACGGCGACUGUUUCACGUCGAAAAGGCCCCUCAUAGCCCUGUGUGACUCCGCAAGCCCCGGACCUACGUUCUGCUCUCUCAGCUUUAUAUCCAUAAGAGGAGGGGAGCAGGUGAAGAGUAUAAAAUUCAAGAACCCAAUCCUCGACGUUCUGGCCAACAAGCGUUCCGUGGUCGUGGCCUUCUCCGAGAGGUUCGCUGUUUUCGACGCGGGGUCUUUGGAAGACCGGAUGGCCGUGACGACGUGCUAUCCGUGCCCUUGCCCUUUGGGGGGCAGCCAGCCUAUCAACCCCUUGGCACUGGGGGAUCGCUGGUUGGUGUAUGCUGACAAGAAGCUUCACCCUUCGAAGAGAAGCAGCGGAGGAUGUGAAGGUGAAGGAGUAACAAGCUACACAGCAACUGUCCUGCACGCAGCGAAGUCCCUCAGCAAAGGCCUACGAGGUCUUGGAGAGAGUGUGGCCCACAGUCUAGCAGGCGGGCGGAGCACUUCUCAAUCACCGUCGCCGCCCAAUAGCGACACUCAGCAGGCGGGAGUCGUCACCAUCCUAGAUAUAGAGGGCAAUGAAUACGACGACGGCCAAGACAGUGAAGAGCCAUACGACCCCAUAGUGGCCCACUUUUUAGCGCACUCUGAAGCCAUCAUAGCGUUGAAGUUCGACGCAAGUGGGAUGCUCCUAGUAACCGCGGACCGGCGCGGGCAUGACUUCCAUGUGUUCCGUAUCAACCCACACCCCUGUGGCCCGAGUUUAGCCUCUGUGCAUCAUCUGUAUAUACUGCACAGGGGGGACACUACGGCUAAAGUGCAGGACAUCGCGAUAUCUCCAGACUCGCGCUGGACAGCGAUCACCACACUCCGUGGUACCACGCACGUGUUCGCAAUCAGCCCGUACGGCGGCGCGUGCGGCGUACGCACACACACGCAACCGCGCGUCGUCAACCGCCUGUCGCGGUUCCAGCGCUCCGCCGGUCUCCCUAUACACGCGCAGCCACCGCGCUCUGGCAGCCCCGUCAGCGAAUGCCUCGGCCAAGGCGCAUGGUUCCCUAACCCGCGCUUGCCGCCGUAUCCGUUGCCGUGUCUGUGCUCUCCGCUGGCCCAGCUGCGCCCUACGGCCAACCUGCCUACGCGGACCAUCACCCGCACCAGCUCAGGCCGGCAACGCUUGUCCUCUCAGUCCGAGGAUUGCAACAGCGCGCCAUUGCCAGCUCGCGCGCGCUUCGGGCUGUCGGUGUGCAGUGCGGCAACGCCGCGCGCGCCCGCCAUGCCGGCGCUGUACCUCGUCACGCACACAGGCGGCUUGUUGCACUUAGUACUGCAUGCCCGCCCUGCUAAAAGUAUCCCCAAAGAAAAAGUAUGCGACGAGUCUCCAAUAGAGGUAGAAGUGGAACACGUGGCGCAGUGGGCGCUAGCGCGGCCGCCGCCGCCCGCGCCCGACCUGCUGGCGCCGCUGCCUCCUACCAGCCCGCUGCUGCAGCCCAUAGGGAACAAGUUAAUCUGUGCGGACAUGUGCAUGAGCGAAGAGGAGCGCUGGCUGUCGCAAGUGGAGAUAGUGACCCAUGCCGGGCCCCACAGGAGAUUGUGGAUGGGGCCCCAGUUUAUCUUCAAGACGUAUAACACCACUGGGUCGAACUCAUCUCUCUCCGAAGCGGAAGCAGUAGAAGUGGACACAAGCGCAGCGGGCAGCGUGGCGCGCUCCAACCCCGUCAACAUGCCGGGCGUGCGGCCCGUGGUGCCUGUGAUGGUCGACUCCGGCUCCGCCAGUUCCUUGGAGCACUCCCCAUCGGACAGUUUCCGUCGCAAGUCUUUGCUGGCCGACAGCGGCCGCGCGUCUGUCUGUGACGUACAGCUACGUGAGGACCUCGCCGAGGCCAUGAAGGAGGACCACGGGUGGCCGCGCGAGCGGGAGCGGGAGCGGGAGCGAGAGGAGGCGCGGGCGGCGCGGCGCUCGGGUUGCGCGAGCGCGGGCGCGGGCGUGCGGCGCGCCGUGGACCCGCUCGGCACCGUGGUGCCGCGCGCCGAGCCCGAGCCCGGCCCCGAGCCCGCCGACCCCGACCUCUACACGCAGGCCAACGCCGACGAGGGCCGCUUCCGGCCCGUCGUGCGCGCGCCCGCCGCGCUCUCCCUGCCCGCGCACGUCAUCGCGCGCCCGCUGCCGCGCGACACCACCAUCCCCGUGCAGACCGUGGCGCCGCGCGCCCACCUCACGCCCGACGACGAGCCCGUGCCGCUCAACACCGCCGUCGUUCAUCCCCGCGGCGCUCACGCGAGCGCGCCUGUGCGGGACGCCGGCUUCGUGCCCGUCGAGCCCGCCCGGCGCCGCGACCUCGUCCCCGCGGACGCGGUCCACGUUAAACCCGACGUAGAUAUAGGUCUCGAGCGAGAGAAUGAUGUAUGGAAGCGUGAGGACCCGCGUGUGAGCUCGGCCCCGGCCGAGCGCGAGAGCGAUAAGGAAUCACUGCCAAAAUCGAAUCGGGCCUCGGAUGAUAUUCAACCGAUCGCCCGAGCUAGAGUUAAGAAAUCUCCCACCCCAAAGUCAGUUAGUGAUAGAGAUAGUGAAGUAAUUAAGGAAAAACCUAGAGAUAUUAAAGAGCGGGAGAAGAAUAUCGAAGGUGCUAGUAGGGAUACUAGGAACGAGUGCAAGCCUAAGGAGCCGAGAGUUCCUAGGAAGAUGGAGGUCGAGCCCGAAGUUGUUGUCGUUGACAAUGAAAAAGAUAAACGAGCCGUGUCGGUUGUUAAAGAGGAAGCUCCAGUCACGAAUGCUUUUGCGGUUGAUGUCGAGGAUACUCGUACAAAAUCUAAACAUCUGGAUAAAAGUGAAAAAUCAAAAGUAACUGAAGACAAUCGUGAUAAAUCUAAAAAAGAGGAUAAAAAUGAAACGCCGCCUAAAGAUAGUCGUGAUAGGUCUAAAAAAAGUGACAAAGCAGAUAAUAUAAAAGGGGCAACAGAAGUUAUUUACGAUAAAGUUAAAAAAGGUAAUCAAAUUGAUCCUGUAAAGUCAGGUAUUGACGAAGGCCGUGAAAAGAUCAAAAAAGUUGAAAACAUAAAACCAGUUACAAAAGAAUUUUCUGAAAAGUUGAUCAAGGUUGAACACACCGAUGUAGCAAAAGCAGAAGAACAAGCAUGGGAUUUACUUUUCAGCGAAACCGAAAGGCCUGCAGUGCUGAACGUAACGCAACAAACUAUUGUAACGGACAAAUUCGAUGAGAAACCGAAAUCCAAGAAAACUCGUAAAGGUAGAAAAGGGCAAGAAGAUCAGCAAGCUAAAGACGAUGAAGAUAGUUUUAUAGAGAUUCACGCGAUCGAUGAAGCUAAAACUCCUUCCUGUGGCGAGUUGGUAUCUAUCUCCACACCAUUUGAGGACAUUGAUGCAACUAAUUCUUAUUUGGCAAAAUUAAAGAAACUUUCAUCCAAGAGUGUCACUUCUGAAAAAGAUGAUGAAACAGAGGUUAAGCCAAUAGAAUGCUUCCCUGAAGACGAUUAUGAACUUGCUUCUCUUAAAUUGAAAAGUAGAAAGAAUUCCUCCGUGUCAUCUUACAUAGAGGGUUGGCCCGAACCGAGUCCUGUCAAAAAAUCUACUCCAUUGCCGAUAGAAAAACCACCAUCGAGUCACCUGAAAGUAAAACAGGAUGUUUUAAGUACUAGUGAAAAUUUAUGCACUUCGCCUAAAGAUGUCCCAAAAACGAAGAAGAGCAAAUCAUUGUCUCCAUAUUCUGAUGCCAGUAGGAAACAUGGUGACAAAGCGUUUGAAUCUGAGAAAAAAGAUGUCUACAUUAUUGAUUCUUCAAAAGACGAAUUUCCUGAAAUUCAAAUUACAAGAGGCACCAAAACCCGGAAGUCACCUCAGCCAAUUGAAAGAAAAUGCGCAGAAAAAGAGAUCCUUCAAGAUAGGCCAAUAAAAUCCUGGAGUUCCAUAGCUGCUACGAAAAAUGACAAAAGAGAUGAACCUACCAUGGCUUUGAAAAAAUAUGAAAGACGUGAUUCUUGGGAAGAACCUCACGUAGGUACUAGUUUAGAUUAUCCGAAGUCUCACAAAGACGAUCGCGUGUCCUUGCAGGAUAAACUUAUCGAACUCUGCAAGAGAACUGACAUCAUGGUUGCAGAGUGCGACGCUCCAAACGAGCUUAAUUUUGUUGAAGAACACCAUACAGAUCUACACGAUCUGCCGCCGUUAGAGCCCUUGGAUUUUGGCUUGGACGACUACAAACUUGAAGUCAUGAGAGACAGUCUUUUGGAAGUAAACGAUACAAAAAUCACUAGCCCAAUAUGCAAAAUAAACAUAGACGAUAUUCUAUCGUCUAUUAAAGAAACUACAAGCAAAGUUAUAGAAUCCAGUACUUUUAAUUUAGUUGACUUGGAGAAGGUACCUGCCAGGAAAGAAAAAGGUUUUAGUGUUAUCGAGAGUCAUAAGAUUACGACUCAAGAGGUGAAAAUAGAUGAUGAAAGCAAAGAAGGGGAGAGUUCAACGAUGGAGAAGUCGUCGGACGACGACAACGUGUCGCCCCUAGCGUCUACCGACAGCGACAAAGAGGACAAACGUACCACCGGGCCGGCGAGCGUGCUCCUCCCUUCCGCGAAGCAACCAUCAAAAUGUAAGAAGUCGCGUAGAAAGAAGAAGUAACUCUAAAGUAUGUGUUCAAAACCAUAUUAGCUUCAUUUAUAUCAUAUUAGUGUCACAAUGUUACUUCGUAAACAUCAAUGUUUGAUGCUAAGUACAUAGUUACUACCUAAUUGUAAUAUAAACUGUUCAAAAACUCAUAAAUAUUCGAGCUUACUUUUAACAUAAUAUUUUCAAAAAAUCUACUUAUGCCACAAUAAUUAAAAAAAUAAAUAAAUAAAAAUAAAUAAAAAAUCAUUGAAAAUGACAAAAAUAUUGUUAACGUUUUCUUUAUGAAGAUAGUUGAAAUAGCGAUCGAUCCUGCGUUUUGUUCAUAGUUUUUGAUAAAAACAUUUGAACAGCUUCGAACUAUCUUCAUGAAAAUUUAGUUAAGCAUUGCAAUAGUGCUGCUACAGUACUUAUUUUGUAGAUUAUUUAAUUACUUUGUACAUAGUGUUGUAGUAAACUUCAAUAAUGAACACUACGUUAGAUACUAUUUUGCUUUCAUCAUCAACGCAUAUAAAUGACGUAACCUUGGUUCUGCCACAGUUUAGUGUCUGUUCGGCCAGUACGACAUGGAAAGUACCUCAUCAUUUACCAUUUUAAAAACUAUUUUUUGGUAUCUAAUAGAAUCUCGAAUGUGUGCUUUUUCCGCUAUUUCGAUAUACUUUAUUGUAUUUUAUUACCUCAAAAUGCGUUGACUGUGUGAGAGCGACAUGGGUAUUGCCCAACUAUUAAUUCGUUGCAAUAAAUGCUGAUAUGAGGGAUAGUGUUAACUCUCCAUCUACUCGUACUCACUGAUGGCCUAAUCCUGAUUCUCUUCUGAAAUUGAGUUCAAGUAAUCUUAUAUAUUAACAUGUAUCAGUUCUGAAAACUUGCCGUAGCAUAAUAAUAUAUUGUUUUCACAAUGAAUGGUGUUUCCACAAUGUCCGGAUUAAUCAAUCUUCAAAUUAUAUUCUAAAACAGAUUAGGUCCAAGUAAAACAGGCUAUGCCGUUUGAAGCAAAUAUGGCUGCUAAAGAUAUCAGUUAUUUGAAAGUAAUAUAUUCUAAAGCUAAUAAUAUAUAUGAGUAUGAUGGCCCGCUAGCUAGUUAGCUAUUGAAAUCUGUCCACUGUGGCCACUCGCCCUCAUAGGCUGGUUUUAGUGUCACGCGGACCGACCGCGAGGAGUGAUCCGCACACUAAUAUGUGUUAACUUCAGGGAGCGUUUUAGAGUGGCGCGGACGACAACAUCAACCUAAUACAAAUUGGUCCGCGUGACACUAAAGCCAGCCAUAGUCACGACUUGCUUGUGACCAAGCCGCUCGGUAUGAAAUACCUUCACAUAAACACGGCUGUCUUUAUGUACAAAUACUUUUAACUAUCCAGCAAGUAUUAAUCUAGAGGUUUUGUUUUUAUAUUAAGUUUUAUGUUGAAUCAUGACAAAUAUUUAUUUUUUCUAUCUUAGCUUUUAUUUCGUGUAGAUUUUUAAUUAACUUAAUGAUAUUUAGUAAAUAAUUUUAGUGCAUAAUAUUUAUAAUCAUGAUCACUUUCUUAAAUGAAAUUAUUUACAUUUUGCUCAUUUAUUUUGGAAGUGAUGAAAUAAAAGGCAUAAUAUAAAAAGAAAAAAUAAAUAGCGCUGCAACUACUAGUAUUUUACUGACUUGAGGCCAAUUCUUUGAACAAGCUGAACUUGUGAAAAAUAAAAGUUAAUAUUUCUUAUGUUGUGCAGCGGGAUAAAAAACAAAACAUUUCAAUCUCAUCGUUUUUGAAAUAAAAUUUCGCAAAAUAAUCAUGUGUAAACGACAACAAGGUUCGCAUAUAGUGAAUCUUUGGCGGCCUUCGGCGACGAGCAAUGUAUGAAGUUGUGAUGACAUGUUUACACGUUAGUAAGUCUUAAGUGACCUAAUUUAAUAGGAAAUAUAAAAGCAGUGGGUGUGUGCUUAGUAUAAUGUGUGUACCAUUUUGAACUGAGAUAUCGAUUAAACUUUUGUUGUUUUGUUGACAAUAUGGUAUCUUAUGUCGAACGAACGAACUUAAAAAAAAAUCACCAAGUGUGUAAAAAAUAGUAUUGGAAAGUCUCCGCGGAAAGAGGAGCGGGCAGCGAGCUGUUUUUGCACAGACUAACAUAACAGUUGUAUUACUCAUUAGCUUAAAAUUUGGUUAUAAAAGUAAGAUUUUAAUUAUGUGACCAACUGAAUACAACAGCAUCAUUUAAAGUAGGUUUACAACUUGACGUAAUGCCGUUUUAUCAAGUCCUUUGCCAACCGGCUACUUAGGUUCCAAUAGUUGUAAUAAAAAUCAAGUUAAAUAGAAUUAAAGUAAUAAUUUGAUAGGAAGACCUAUCACUAAACGUCUAAUCUCUUAUUAAUUUAAUAAAAACGUAUUGUAAAUUCAUUUGUAGUUAUUGUUAAAACUUUAAAAUGUUAUAAUUUUUGACCAAUAAUGACUGGUUUAACUAUUGUAAUACAACACAAGAUUCACGAUUUUCACGAAUAUAAUAUGAUUCGUUAGACGUUUUCUGGUAACCUACAUGAAACCAACACGUAACCUCAUACGACAGUCAUGUCCAUUCACAAUGUCCCGAUGUGAAUGAUAAAUAUAACACUACUCGAAAUAACAUUUCCUUUGCCAAGAGGUAUUAACCCGUAACGAAUUCGAAUUAGGUAUAAUUUUAAGGCAGCGCUUUUUGGACUAUUUUUGAUAUGUGUAUUUUCUUAAAUUAAUUUAAAAUUUGACUUCAUUGCUACAGCAAUGCUUUUGAUAUUUUAGUGAGUUUUUACUAACUCGGCCGAUCUACACAAAAUGUUCUAAAUGUUGUCAUUAGACCCGUUUGAAUUAAUAAUUACAACUAUGUUAGUAUUAUUUUAGUGUGUAAAUUCCAACGUAGGCAAGAUAAAAGUUAUAAAAUAUUAUUAUUUAUAUCACUUUGGCUUUUUGCAAGUACAAUAUAGAUUUAUGUACAUAAAGAAACAGAUGUACCUACCAUAGUUUGACCAAUGUAUUGCUAAGUAAGUUGCAAUUGUAACAGUUAUUACUAAUACGUAGGCCGAGAGUCCACUAUCAUAUGUUUAUCAUAGAAAUAUGAUCAUAGGUCUGUACUGUAUGCCUCCCUUUUUCUCCAACGUGAAGAAAAGGAAUGGGAUGUUGCCUGAUGACCAACAUGAUAGUUGACUAUCGGCCAUAGAUACAUAAAUUUAUAAGAUCACUGCUAAAGUAGAGUUACCUUUUGAUCUCGUGCGUCGUAAAUUUCCGACAGCUCAUAUAACAUCUCCAAAUAUACUUCAGCGGGAUCAAAAUUCAAAAAGAUAUUAUUGUACAUACACUAAAAAAACUAUUGUAGUUCAUAGCAAGAGAAUAUGUAUUUCAAAAUACAGUGGUCGCCAAAUUGGUACUUACUCUAAAAAUACUGAGGGUAUAUCUAUUGCUCUUACUUGUUUGAGCGAUAUACAAUCGCGGUUGUCCCUCUUAUCAAAUGGGCAAGACUAAGAAAACCGCCCGCCAUUUAGAAAACGAAAUGAGUCUUUAAAAUGUUUGAUUAUGUCCUAAUCCUAUGUAUAUCAUAGAGACAUAUUUUAUCCUUUACAUUGAGAAUUAGGUAAUAUCUGUUGGACGCUUUAAGACUCGUUUUUUUUUUCAAAAUGGCGGUCAUUUUUUCGAUCAUUGCAAAUGAGACACCUAAUAUAGUGGUGCUUGAAUAUCAUUUUAAGUCGGAAGUUGCAACUUACUGAACUAAGCUUAUUCUAUGUAGUAUUGAUGAACUUGACAUUGUAAUAUUUACAUUAUUUAUUUCUCUUUAUUCACUUAUUUAUAUUGUUAUAUCAGUUAAAAAAAUAGUUAUAUUAUGUCAGAAAAGAAAACGGAGGAAUACCACAAGUACAAAAAUUGUCGUCGAUACAAUAUAUUAUGUUUAUGCUCAUUCACACCCCUCCAUUUGGAUGUCUGAGCUGGAAAACUUAAAACACUGAUAUAAUAUUGAUUCAAAAAUUAGGCAUCUACUAUUUCUAAAAUAUUUUUGCGUUUUUAUUGUACAUAAAUAUAGAAGAACUCUAAUAAUAAAACUCGAAUUUGCUGUAGUCAGUGUUUUCGCGUGUUAUCAAAUUGAUAUUUGUAAAUUCGGCUGCCUUGUAUCACUAUGAUUUUGUUGAUAAUGUUAUGGAGUGUUUAAGAAAAUUAAAUAGUGAUAAAUAAAAAUGAGAAUUCAAAAACCACUAAA